AUGGCGCUGAGCGCGAAGAAGAGCCCCGGGGGCGUGAGCCUCCGGAGCCUCACGGAGUCGACGAAGUCGCGGACGAACGAACUCGACUUGUCGGCGCACGCGAGCUUCGACCUCAUCACCGUGCCGUCCCUCGACGCGUCGGACGCGCCCGCGUCCCCGGCCCACCUCCUCGUGCGCGAGACGUCGCCGUCGUCCGUCGCCGACGACGACAUGGACGGGUCGCGGACGAAGACCAAGGGCGGCGUCGUGCUCGGGCGCCAGCGGUCCAUGUCCGGCAGCGGCAUCUCGGCCCUGCUCGACGAGUCCGGCGGCCGCGCGCGGACCUGGUCCAUGUCGUCGUCCAUGGACGGCACGUCCUGCAAGUUCGCCGGCGGCGUCUUCCUCGCGUCGCGCGGCGCCGGCGGCCGGCACCGCUGCGCCGACAAUUUCGGGAGCCUCGGGAGCCUCUCGCGACCGAACCUCCCGGCCAUGGGCGGCGCCCCCCCGGCGCCGGGCGACGCCCUCGUGUCGCCGAGCGCCGUGCGCGGCGGCUUCCGCCUCGACCCGCCGGCCCUCGGCGGCGCGUUCAUCAACGCGCCGGCGCGCGGCGCGCGCGCGCGCGGCGCGGACGACCUCGACGCGCCGAGCCACGGCCGCCGCUGA